AGGCGGAGGCGCGGGGAGCGUGUUUGGGGCGCCGCGGCGGGGAGGGUGGCGGCUGCCGGUGCGCGCUGGGCGCUGUGUGUGCGCGCUCCCCCGCUCAGGCAGGAAGAUGGCCCAGAAGGGAAAGUUGGGGUGACGUGCGCGGCCCCCGGAGGCUCGGCUGGGGGUGCCGUGGCGAGCCCGACGGACGGGUGGCCAGACAGGCCAGGGGGCGCGCAGUCCCGGAGCUUCCAUCACCGCUACCCAGGCGGCCGCCCCCUCACUGCAGGUGGCCGCGGGUGCGCUGGGUCCCGGCAGCCGGGGGCGCAGGCGAGGUGCGGGGGAUCCCGGCCGAGGGAUGGGCUGCGCCCCCAGCAUUCACGUCUCGCAAAGCGGCGUGAUCUAUUGCCGGGACUCGGAUGAGUCCAACUCGCCCCGCCAGACCACCAGAGUGUCGCAGGGCCCCGCGGCCCCCCUGCACGGCCUCUUCGUUCAGACCGACGCCGCCGACGCCAUCCCCUCGAGCUGCGCGUCCGAUCCCCGCGGCGCCGCCCGCGUCCGCAGGGCCCGAGCUGAGCUGGGCAGCGGCAGCAGCACAGGCUCGGCAACCCCUUCCGCGACCACCUGCAGGGGCCGGAGGCGCCACUGCUGCAGCAGCGCGGAGGCCGAGACCCAGACCAGCUACUCCAGUGUCAAGCAGGUUUCUUCCGCGGAGGUACGCAUUGGGCCCAUGAGACUGACGCAAGAUCCUAUUCAGGUUUUGCUGAUCUUUGCAAAGGAAGAUAGUCAGAGUGAUGGAUUCUGGUGGGCCUGUGACAGAGCCGGUUAUAGAUGCAAUAUUGCCCGGACUCCGGAGUCAGCCCUUGAAUGCUUUCUAGAUAAACAUCAUGAAAUUAUUGUAAUCGAUCACAGACAAACUCGAAACUUUGAUGCAGAAGCAGUGUGCAGGUCGAUCCGGGCCACGAAUCCCUCCGAGCACACGGUGAUCCUUGCGGUGGUUUCACAAGCAUCGGGCGACCAUGAAGAGGCCUCAGUCCUCCCUCUUCUGCAUGCAGGCUUCAACAGGAGAUUUAUGGAGAAUAACAGCAUAAUUGCUUGCUAUAAUGAACUGAUUCAAAUAGAACAUGGAGAAGUUCGCUCACAGUUCAAAUUACGGGCCUGUAAUUCAGUGUUUACAGCAUUAGACCACUGUCACGAAGCCAUAGAAAUCACAAGCGAUGACCAUGUGAUUCAGUAUGUCAACCCAGCCUUCGAAAGGAUGAUGGGCUACCACAAGGGUGAACUCCUGGGGAAAGAACUCGCCGAGCUGCCCAAAAGCGACAAGAACCGGGCAGACCUCCUGGACACCAUCAACACGUGCAUCAAGAAAGGCAAGGAGUGGCAGGGGAUUUACUAUGCCAGACGGAAAUCCGGGGACAGCAUCCAACAGCAUGUGAAGAUCACCCCAGUGAUUGGCCAAGGAGGGAAAAUUAGGCAUUUUGUCUCCCUCAAGAAACUGUGUUGUGCCGCUGACAAUAAUAAACAGAUUCACAAGUUUCAUCGUGAUUCAGGAGACAAUUCUCAGACAGAGUCUCAUUCAUUCAGAUACAAGAACCGGAGGAAAGAGUCCAUAGAUGUGAAGUCGAUAUCAUCUCGAGGCAGCGAUGCACCAAGCCUGCAGAAUCGUCGCUAUCCAUCCAUGGCAAGAAUCCACUCCAUGACCAUCGAAGCUCCCAUCACAAAGGUUAUAAAUAUAAUCAAUGCAGCCCAAGAAAACAGCCCCGUCACAGUAGCAGAAGCGUUGGAUAGAGUUUUAGAAAUUUUACGGACCACGGAACUCUACUCUCCUCAGCUGGGUACCAAAGAUGAAGAUCCUCACACCAGUGAUCUCGUCGGAGGCCUGAUGACUGAUGGCUUGAGAAGGUUGUCAGGAAAUGAGUAUGUGUUCACAAAGAACGUGCACCAGAGUCACGGUCACCUUGGGAUGCCAGUAACCAUCAACGACGUCCCCCCUUGUAUUGCUCAGUUACUUGAUAAUGAGGAGAGUUGGGAGUUCAACAUCUUUGAAUUGGAAGCCGUUACACAUAAAAGGCCCUUGGUUUAUCUGGGCUUGAAGGUUUUUUCCCGGUUCGGAGUAUGUGAGUUUUUACACUGUUCUGAAACUACUCUCCGGGCCUGGCUCCAGGUGAUUGAAGCCAACUACCACUCGUCCAAUGCCUACCAUAACUCCACCCAUGCUGCCGACGUCCUGCAUGCCACCGCCUUCUUUCUUGGAAAGGAAAGAGUGAAGGGCAGCCUUGAUCAGCUGGAUGAGGUGGCAGCACUGAUCGCUGCGACUGUCCAUGACGUGGAUCACCCGGGAAGGACCAACUCUUUCCUGUGCAAUGCAGGCAGCGAACUUGCCGUGCUCUAUAAUGACACCGCUGUCUUGGAGAGUCACCACACAGCCCUGGCCUUCCAGCUGACGGUCAAGGACAGCAAAUGCAACAUUUUCAAGAAUAUUGACAGGAACCAUUAUCGAACCCUGCGCCAGGCUAUUAUUGACAUGGUUUUAGCCACAGAGAUGACAAAACACUUUGAACACGUGAACAAAUUUGUGAACAGCAUCAACAAGCCAAUGGCAGCUGAGCUUGAGGGCAGUGACUACGACUGCAACCCUAUCGGGAAGAACUUUCCUGAAAACCAGAUUCUGAUCAAGCGCAUGAUGAUUAAGUGUGCUGACGUGGCCAACCCGUGUCGCCCCCUGGACCUGUGCAUCGAAUGGGCCGGAAGGAUCUCUGAGGAGUACUUUGCACAGACGGACGAAGAGAAGAGACAGGGGCUGCCGGUGGUGAUGCCCGUGUUUGACCGGAACAGCUGCAGCAUCCCCAAGUCCCAGAUCUCCUUCAUCGACUACUUCCUCACAGACAUGUUUGCUGCCUGGGACGCCUUUGCACAUCUGCCAGCCCUGAUGCAACAUUUGGCCAAUAACUACAAACACUGGAAGACAUUAGAUGACCUAAAGUGCAAAAGUCUGAGGCUUCCAUCUGACAGCUAAAGCCAAGACAGAAGAGGACCUGUUGUCUACAAAGGGCACGGUGACUCACAGUAGUGUAAUCGAGAGGCUCUCCUUUAGAAGGAAAAUGACAGGUACAGGUUAAGGAGGGAAUGUUUAAUAUUUGACCCUGAAUCAUGUAGGUCCCCAAUUUUCAUUUUUAGAAAGUGCCAUGAAGAAAAAUGUAUGUUCUUUUGUGCAAUCACUUAGUGACAGAGCUUCGCCCUGCUGUCAUCCUGUGUGCCCUCGCCAGCCACCGAGCUGAGUGACUGUAACUAGCAGGACAUCAGCAGCACAGACCUGGUGCCUCUGAGCGCAUUUCCCUGGAUGAUGAGCAAGUCGCUCAGCUGGUGUUCAGCUCAUGUCUUACUACACGUCAUCGUCACUGCUCAGCUUCACUGUUUUCCUUAAGAGCACUGGUCUGAAGGAUUCAUAAGGAUAUCUAAGAGAAAACUACAUAAAAUGAGCAAAACAACUAGGACCAAAUUAUUGAUAAACCGGUUAGCUUCACAGCCUCAUGGCUCGGUGGUUCUUCUGAUGGAAGACACCCAAGUGUGACACCCACGUGAGAACACAGCCUUGGCCUGGUGAGUGCCUUCUCUAGACUGCUAGCAGCAGCCUGUGAGCCGCCUUUUGCUAUAAAAGGCAUUCAUCUUAACAGAAAGCCAUCUAUGAUGGGGAAGGGAGUGACAUUUUGUUUCAAGGGACUCCAUGAGCUUCCCUUAUUUAUGGUUAACAGAGGCAGUCACAAGGCACUAUAUAGUAUUAGAUAUAAAAGCCAUCAAAUCUGAAUGCCCUUAGACGAGCUUUUUUAAAAAAGAUUUCUAUACAUUUGCUGUUUAAAAUUUUUAUUAAAUCAAUCUAAAUUUUCUGGGUAUAAGUCAAUGGAGUAUAUUGUACCAUGUACCAUCUAUACAUAUAUAUUUGGGGAGGGGAUGGGGAAGUUUCAAGGUUCAGAUGUUUUUAACCUGUCCAUAUUUGAGAUCAUGCCAUUUUCCUUUAAUGUACAAAAAAAAAAAAGAUUGCAAGAUGUGUAAAAUAUGUCAGAAAAUAGACAUAUGGGGAAGCAGUAAAUACUAUUAAUUGUAUGCUAAAAGCUUCUAAAGCACAAAUGCAUAUUUUUAUACAGCUCUUUUCACAACUUUCUGUGAUCUACAUGAAAUCAGACUUGACAUUUUCCUUUCUAUUUUACCAGCCAACUCUUCUCUAUGUAUUGUAAAUAUUAGAAACUCAGUAAACAAAAUAUCUUCAUUUUUCUUUCAAAUUCUCUGUACUCCAUGCUGCACUUUUAAGAGGUAUAAGCAGAGACUGAAUUAAUUGAAUCAGUAGUUACUUUUUUCAAAUGAAAAUUGGAAUGCACAACACUUGGAACUAGUACAUGGGAAGAACAAAAAAAGAUCUAUCACUACAUAAUGUGCCAAUGUUUUUUUUUUCUAUGUUUUGUACCAAAAGAAAUGGAAACAUACAACAAUUACAUGCAAAGAAAUGUAUCUAAAUUAUUUUUGUUAGAUGAUAAGAAAACUUGCUUGGUCAGGACAGCAGGUAGCUUUGUAUUGUAAUGCUGCAAUAUGUAAAUGUGAUGAAAAUGUUUUUGUGAACUACUUGUAACUAAAUUCCUACAGCCAUUUUUCAUUCCCAACAGCUGUUUUUAUUUUACCUCCUCUUUGGCCUAAAUUUUUUGUAAUUUCCAAUUUUCAGUUUAGUGUCCUUUAUUUCAUGAGUCAUACACUUUGUUUGCAGAACACAUUAAAUUCAGGAUGUCAGUACCCCAUUUUAAGGAGCUAAAUCAUUUGCCUAGGCUUCAGAAGCUUGCUUGAGGUGAGGACACCCUUUUCCUGACCAUCUCUCUCUCAGUUCCAUUUGGUAAGUAACAUUUAUCAGUUAUCUGACAUUUUCUAUAUGAAUGUUGUAGCUUACUCAGUGGACUGUUAAAUUAAUUUUAUAUUCGCUUAACUGUUUUAAGACUGCCAGGUACUAAAGCUUUAGCGUAGCUCUGCUCUUCAUCAGUGGAAUCUCCUACUGAGUUGCUAACUAAAUAGUGCAUUCCUUCAAAUAGUCCAUUUAUUAGAAAUACAGUGUUUCAGAUGACAUGUGUAUCAGAUGGGUAUAAUUGCCGCUUAUACUGAGUUGUUUUCUAAAACACUGUGUUGAGGGGAGCUAUAUUAAUUUAGGAAAAUGCAACACUAUCUAAUACAGAGAGAGGUCACAUUAUUGCUACUGCUUAACCAGUAGUUAGUUAGAAAAUGUUACCUGGACAAGAAUGACCCCAUAAUUUAAGUCAUUCUUUAUUUCCAAUUUAAGAUUUUAACAUUGGCUUGCGUUCAGAGUCUGGACUGGUUACUCUUGUGAGCAAAGAACAAGCCUCAUCAGUUCUAUCAGAACCCACUCCACUUAGGAAGAUAAAUGAAAGAGAUGAUACAGUGUCCCUGGACUUCACAUUUUUGAUUGUAUUAUAUGAAUAAAGCCAGAGAAUGAGGUAAUAAGGCACACAACACAGUGUUAGCACUGGUGUUGCAAAUAUAAUAGUAUUGAAACUAAGCUAGAAAAUGGAAAAAGUGCACAUAAUAUACGUUGACCUCAAUUAUAACUGUAUUCUUCUAAAUUAAGGCAUUCAUGAAAGCAAAAUCUAUCAAGUCCAGUGAAUGGGUUGGAGGCUUCCCUCUAAACAUAUUAGUUUCUCAUCGCAGAAAACUAACCAGAGUUUAACAGAGAGAUUUACAGUGGUACAUACUAUUUGCUCCCAAAACUCACCUGUGGUUUGUAUCACUCCAUGUGAAUAGAUUGUCACAAAAUGCUAGCCCAGAACAGAUUAGGAAAUAAAAGUUUGUUAAAAAAUAUAUGAAUCCCUCAUAUAAUUCAUUAAAUAUGCCUUAAAUAAUUCAAGAAAACAACUUUACAAACUCAUGACCUAAUGAAGAAUUUCCAAAGAAAACGCUAGCUAGUAAUGGAGGAAAGUCCACCUAUAGAGGAAAAUUAAAAGCCUGAAAAUGAUUCUGAGAUAUUUAAUCACACUGAUCAACAAUCUGACGCACUCAGACCAGAAAGCACGGCUGCCUGGUGGAGGGCACAACUGCUGGGGGGGUGGGGGUAGGGGGCUCCAAUUUCAGGAUGAAAGAUUAGAAAGCUGUCUUUAUGUGACUCCACAGCAACAACAAUUUGUUGGCUAAAAGGGAGUGCUGAUUUUCCUAUUCAUAUUCUUCUACUCUAUAAUGGAGGCAACAAAUUUUCAUGUAUUUCUCCAUAAAGCUAUUUUCAUUGUAAAUUAUAACUGAAAUAAUAACUGUGAACAUUAUCUGGUUUUCCUCCAUGUUAGUCAUGUAAGCCUUUGUCUCUUAUUCUAGCCCUCUUCAAUUUCUAUUUUGAAAGCUGCCCAAUGACGAUAAUGGAAUAGAGCUAACAAAUUGCAAGGCCUUACCUGUCCGGGCCUCAGUUUCCUCAUUUAUAAUAAUAUUGGCAUGGUCUGGUCCAGGUGAUCUUAGCUUGUCCAGUCUUUGUGAGCAGUUGGUGGAGGUAAAAGGUAAAACGAGUGAAAACAACACUAUAAAGAUUCCAUCAAGAGUGUGUGUGUGUAUGUGUGUGAGAUGAACAAAUAAAUCUGCAGAAAGUGUUUUGAAAAGGACUAUUCCUGACACAUCCAUCACCUUGUACUUAUUUGCAUAGGAUUCUUUCAGCAGCAGCUUAAGAAUAACUCCACAACUAAACUCGCCCAUUUUUUAAUGUGUGGAACACUUUUUAAUUUGUAUUCUUUAGUACCAGAAGGGAAAGACAGUGCUCUGAAGAUGACUAAAUCUCAGUGGCCGUUGCCAGUGAAGCCUUUCUUAAGUAUUUCAUAUUUGAGUCAAUGGAAGAUGGAUCAGGCACUUCCCGCUAUAGUCUCUGACUUUGGAAACACUGUUAACUUUUUACUGACCUUGCUCUCAUCCCUGGAGUAGGUAAGGGGCAGCUCUGGUGUAGUACCAAUCCAAUCUAGCCAUAAGCUGUUCAGGCCAGUUCACACUGGGGAAAAAAAUACGCCUUCAUAAGAUUCCUACUGAUUUGAGUUUAUAGGGAUCUUAGUAGCUAGAAUUAAAACUGAAAAAUGAUUUAAACAAAUUACUUGGCACCAAAAAAAAAGUUGUAGUUAAACAGUGAGAGAUUCAAGUUUGUUUUAUAGAACAUUGACAAUUAGUUACUAAAGACCAGGGAAGUUGCAGGAGAAAGGAUAGAUUUAAAUAUGUCAUCACCAGGAUUCUUCAUCAGUGGGCUCUAAAGAAAACCAAAGGAUAAAACCUUCUAAGUCAAUGCCACAACUUUACUGUCCUCGCUACUUGCACUUCCUCACAAGGUCUAGAUGCAAAUUAAGGCCCUCACAGCACUCAGCACUCCCAGCGGCCCCAAGUGCAGUUACUACGUGAUCUUCAUUUCCUACAGGGAAGGAACCGUCUCCUGGAGGGAGAUCCCAGGUUUCAAUUCAGAUAUGCUACAUCCUACCUGUUCUUCAG